AGCCGAGCGGGAACCAUGGCCAGUACAGUGGUAGCAAUUGGACUGACCACUGCUGCUGCAGGAUUUGCAGGCCCUUACGCUUUGCAAGCCAUGAAGCAUAUGGAGCCUCAAGUAAAACAAGUUUUUCAAAGUCUACCAAAAUCUGCCUUCAGUGGUGGCUAUUACAGAGGUUGGUUUGAACCCAAAAUGACAAAACGGGAAGCAGCAUUAAUACUAGGUGUAAGCCCUACUGCCAAUAAGGGAAAAAUAAGAGAUGCUCAUCGACGAAUUAUGCUUUUAAAUCACCCAGACAAGGGAGGAUCUCCUUAUAUAGCAGCCAAAAUCAAUGAAGCUAAAGAUUUACUAGAAGGUCAAGCUAAAAAAUGAAGUAAAU